AUGAAGAAGUAUUUCACCAAGGUAUCAAAUUCAAGUUCAGGCUAUCAUAGUCAACCAAAUCGGGAAGAAAACGUGAAUCAUUUAGUAGCACCAUUGCAAUUUUCUCAGGAGUUCGAUUUAAGUUCUUUAGAGGCUGAUCCAGGUGAAAGAACUCAGAUCUUGGACUUUCAUCAAAAUCAUCGUGAUGCUAUUAGAAGAGAUUAUCUUCAAAAACGUCCUUGUCAACCUCAAUUGAAAGUUUUUCCUCAAACGUUGAUUUCUGGAGAUAUGCGUCGUUUCAAUCGUGAUUGGUAUGUUGAAUUUCCUGAUUGGUUAGAAUAUAGUCUAAGUAAAGAUGCGACCUAUUGUUUGUAUUGUUAUUUAUUUAAGGCCAAUAGCAAUCGUCAAGGUGGAGGUAAUGUAUGGUCUGGUUUGGGGUUUAGGAAUUGGAACAAAAAGGAUAGUUUGGCAAAACAUAUUGGUGGGACGAAUAACAUCCAUAGUCAAUCAAAAAGAAAAUGUGAAGAUCUAAUGCGGCAACAACAAUCUAUUCAUGCUGCAUUUGAUAAGCAACUUAAUCAAGAUAAGCAUGGAUAUGAGAUUCGCUUAGCAGCUUCAAUUCGUGUAGUGAGACUUCUUGUGAAACAAGGAUUGACAUUUCGAGGUCAUGAUGAAUCUAAAGCAUCGCUUAACAGAGGUAAUUUUCUUGAAAUUCUUUCAUUUUAUGCUCAAGAGUGUGAUAAAAUUUGUAGCUUUGUAUUGGAAAAGGCUCCUCAAAAUGAUCAAAUGACUUGUCCAAUGAUUCAAAAAGAAAUUGUGCUUGCUUGCAAGAUUGAAACAAUAAGGGUAUCAUAA